CCAGACAACUUUGUACAUUUGACAGAGAGUAGGAGGGUUUUGUGGAGAUCAGAAAAACGACAGAGCGAUAAAAAUUAGUAUUGUUGCACUUCACAAAUUAAUGAUCAUGAGUUCAUACUUGAUAAACUCGAACUAUAUCGAACCUUCCUUUCCUCCAUGCGACGAAUAUCAACAGAACGGAUACAUCCCCGCCCCUACUGAGUACUACGAACGGCCAAAAGAUCCGGGCUUUCCCCAUCACGACGAGGCGUCCUAUCCGAGGUCAAACUACACAGAACCGAGCUACGACUACAGUAAUGUCCCCAACAACGGUCUCGACGAUUUCACCGACAGGCAUCACGCACAGGCUCACCCCGUUGCCCAGAACCAUGGCCCUCGCCUCAAACCAGUCCCAGACAGCGGUGCGGUGGCGGACGUCAGCAAAGACUGCAGCCUCGCCACUGAGUCUUAUUCCAGCGCACAGAAGGGAAAGGAAGCGCCGGUGGUCUACCCCUGGAUGAAGAAGGUCCAUGUUGUCAAUUCUACUUACAAUGGAGGAGGAGUGCCCAAGAGGUCUCGCACUGCCUACACCCGCCAGCAGGCUCUCGAGCUGGAAAAAGAAUUCCACUUCAACCGCUACCUGACCCGACGCAGGCGCGUGGAGAUCGCGCACACGAUGUGCCUGACCGAACGUCAGGUGAAGAUCUGGUUUCAGAACAGAAGGAUGAAGUGGAAGAAAGAUCAUAAGCUGCCGAACACCAAGAUCCGCUCCGCGAGCUCAGCCUCGUCCUUGGGAGCCCAGCAGCAGCAACAACAGCAAAUCAAAACAGGCACGCACCAGCAGCUCGUUCCCACGCCUUGCGCCGCGAGCCUAUAGUGAUGGAACCCUCGCGCCAAACCAACAGACUGAGAAUGGCAAACAGAACACAGAAACUGAAUUUUGUGGCCCGAUUCUCGAGUAUGACCCCCAUGGUAUUACCCCAUUCCCUUGGGCCUGUCGCGUCCUUUCAAUACUAUUUCCCCUCUCAACCUCCUCUUUCUUUUUGUUCACUCUCUCCUCAUUUUUUAGCUCGAAAUCCGCCACUUGCUGCCCAAGAUGGCAACUGAAAUGUAUGUAUUUGUUUAUUAAAACAGAAGGAUAACGCACACUCAAAUGCACCACAGGACUUUGGAUUAUAUGUAUCAUUGCAUAGAAUAAAAAUAAAGAGAAUGAGACGAGAGAUACGUGAGGCCUCGUUUUUCUUUUUCUUCUAUGCAAUGUUUUUGUUUAUUCUCAUGGAAAGUUGUAAUAUACUUGAACGAAAGACGAUGUUUUAGGAAAGCUCGAGAGCCCCGUCUGAGACCUAUCACGAGGUUUAGAACGGGACAGGGUCAGAGUUAGGGUUUAGCUCGUGAUGUGUGAAUGAGUUGGUUUACUGUUGAAUGUGUUAUUAAGUCGUGUAAUGUCCAGGUGACUUUCACUCCUAAUGUACAUAGACAAAUCAUAGCGAAGGCACAAUACUGAAUCAAUUUUGUCGGCUAAAAAAAGACAGCCUCGUUUGUUUGUUCGUGUAGUAGUGUAGACUCGUUUUAUCUGUGAUAGUGUGUCCCUAUUUGGUGGUGUGAUCUAAACUGUGAAUAUUUGUAUAUGUUGUUUGAUUAAUGGACGGUGUAAUAAUGUAUUGUAAUUUAGGCCCAUGCAAGAAACUGUUCCCGUGAAAUAAAUAUGUACUUCAAUUA